GCACCGAGGACCAUCUUCUGUAUUGAUCUGGCGUGCUCGAUUCCCACUCGGGUUGACGUGCAAUUUUUUUUCCAGGAGACCGUGAAAAGGGAGAGAGCGAAAGGAGCCGGGGGGGGGCUCUUCUUCCCCGGUGUCGCGCCAUGACGGCGAACGAGGAUCAGGAGAUGGAGUUAGAAGCAUUACGUUCUAUUUAUGAAGGUGAUGAAUGUUUUAGGGAACUUAGUCCCAUUUCAUUUCAAUAUAGGAUAGGUAAAAGUGGAGACCCCAAAGCCUUCCUUAUAGAAAUAUCAUGGCCAGAAACAUACCCACAAACUGCUCCAGUCAUAUCAAUGGAUGCAUUCUUCAACAAUGCCAUAUCCUCGGCUGUAAAACAAGGUAUAUUGGAUAAAUUAAUGGAAGAAGUUGAGGUUAACCUGGGAACCUCAAUGACAUAUACAAUAUUUGAAUAUGCCAAAGAUAAUAAAGAACUGUUCAUGGAAAAUCAACCAGUUAAUACUGUGACAGUAUUAAAUAACUGCAUCUCAACUGGACAUUCGGAUGCAGCACCACCAACUAAGAAAAAGGAGAAAAAGGAACAAUUGUCCAAAACGCAAAAGCGGAAGUUAGCUGACAAAACAGAUCACAAAGGAGAACUUCCUCGAGGAUGGAAUUGGGUUGAUGUAAUCAAGCAUCUGAGCAAAACGGGCUCCAAGGAUGAUGAAUAGGAGGACUUUGAUAUAGGAAAAUCUUAGCUGAAACCGCAUUGUAAUAACAUUGAUUUUUUUUCACAAGUUUUAUAAAUAACAGUUCUACACAUGUUUAAAUGUGUUAAAGUGUACCCAUCAAGAGCAACAUUUUUCUGACUUUAUGAUUUUCUUCUUAUCACAUGUUUUCCUUUAGAGGAAAUAUGUCAAAGGCAGUGUCAAUGUACUUUGUCAUGACACUGUAACAAUAUGUAAUUUUCACGUAUAUUGUUCACUGUACUAAAUCAUAAAAAUCUGUGGUGGUAAAUGAAAUCAACAUAGCUAAUUUUAGAAGACUUGCUCUAAAAAUUUCAGACUUCUUAAUCUCUAUAUUUGGAUUGGAAUCCCAUGGUUGAUUCUUAUGUUUACUUCAGUAUCAUUUCAGAUACUAUUCAUAGCCUUCAGCCUUUAUUAGAAGGCUGAAAAAUGUUAUUGUAGCUGAUGUUAUGAAAAAUAUGCACCAGCUUAAAUUACAUUAAAAAAUGUAUAGCCCAAUUCAAGUGACCCCUUAGCAUCCCUUUUGUGCACAGCAUAUUCAUUUUAUACUUCAGUGUGAUAUGUAAAACAAAACAAGGCCAUUACAGUUAUAAAAAAUAAUGUAGCAACAGUGAUUUCUAUUUUCAUGACAAUUUUGCUACUACUACACUGCAUAUUACUACAGUGCACACUGGUGCAUUCAUUCCAUGGCAAUUAUCCCAUACCAAAGAAUGACUAUCCCCAUUAUUUAAUUAAAAACUAUAUAUCCAGUGUUGUCUAGUAAUACCAGUCAGUAAAAAAGAGAAAGAAUAUUAUUCUUUUGGCAUAACUGCUAAUAUAUGAAGAAAACAGAUAGUUACAAAAGUGGAGCCUACAGAUAGGAAAGAAGAAAUGAUUUAAGACUGAACUUAUAAGACAGAAAACUGAUCCAUUUUUCUGGCUGUUGCUGAACUUCUACAACCAGUUUCCCUUAUCCCUGGUCAGGCUGUUCUUGGUUGUUGGGAGUUAGUAAUAUCUUGAGGUCUUACUUUCUCAGUAUGAAAUUAAAAACAGUUGAACUUAUUUCUGCCUAGAAUUACAUUAUAUGAAGAAUUUAUAUUUGUUUUUGCAAAAAAAUAAUGGGAUACUGGCUUCAGGUGCUGCCCUUUAUUUCAAUUUCAAUUUUUUACUUGGAAUAAUAGAUAUUGUCAUUAGUUUCAACCAAAUUAAUAGAUAAGAUGAUACUUAGAUGGAGCAGAUAUAUUGUAUUUGAGGCUUCUCUAUUAUUAGGUCAGUAGUGAUAAAGAAUAAGAUGCCUUAAUACCAUUUUAAAAAAAUUGUUGGGAGGGAUUAAAUAAAUUUCUAUUUUUCUUUGUGUUUUUGUUUAUGUUCAGGCUCUUUCUACAGACAUUGAGCAUGUGGUAGUUAAAAAUGGAGUCUAAAUGGAGUGUUCAGUCUUUGUUAAAAUAAAUGGAAUUGAAAUACAUAAAGAUUUGGCAGAAUUAUGUAUCUAAGACAUGUUAAAUAUUGAUACCAAAUAAAAUAUGGUAACUACUUUUAAAACA